UGCUUUACACACACACAUACACACACACACACACACACACACACCCUCACACACUCAAGGGAGGAAACUGCAACACGCUUUACGGAAAGGUUUAUGUUCUGAACACCCUGCAAUGUUGAAAUGAAGAUUGAUGAAAAGGUUGUCAACUACUUUGAAUCUUGCAACUCACCUGUGGACAAAGAGGGAUACCUGUCCAAAAAGGGUGAGAUAAAGACUUCGUAUCAGAAGCGCUGGUUUGUGCUGAAGGGAAACCUCCUCUUCUACAAGGACCGGCCGGGGGACCGGGACGUGAUUGGAGUCAUUGUUCUGGAGGGCUGCACCGUCCAGCUGUGCGAGUCCGAGGAGCAGUUCGCCUUCUCCCUGGUGUGGAGCGAGCCGGGACUCCGGACCUACAAGUUUUCGGCGGAGGACCAGGUGACCCAGGAGAGCUGGAUCAAGGCCCUGCUGUCGGCCAGCCACAGCUACCUGGCCCUGCUGGUGACGGACAUGGAGAAGCAGUACAGAGAUGCGUUGCAGACGCAUCCCAGCCAACUCCACCGGCCUUUCACGAUGCCAAACUUCCACUUGUCAGCACCAAACUUUGUGGAAGCAGGAGUCUCCAACCUAAUGCUUCAACCUUCAAACAUUUCGGUGGCCAGAGCGGUUUCUAAGAAAUCGCCCAAACUGUGGCCUAAGAAGAACUCGAACCUGCCGCCUGUCAGCACACUGGCCCUGCCGAUGUCGGAGUAUUCGGGUUUGUCUUUCGGUCCAGAAGAAGAUUUCAGUAAAAUGCAUGAAGACUUUGGAAAGGAGGUGAAGAAACUGAUUGCUGACUGGUCCAGGAGGAGAGGCGGCGAUGAACCAGCUCUGGAGGAAAGCCUGAUAGAUCUUGGUUAAAGAAAGUUUAAGUUCUCGGUUUUUAAUCAUCGAGUUAAAUAAUGUUUGAAACAUUUCUCACCUUUUAUUUCAUUAGAAAUGGGUAAAGUAUUGUUUAUUGUAUUUGCUUUGUUCUGUUUUUAUGUUUUUCUUCCUUACAUUGUUUAAUAAAUUAUCUAUAAUCUUUUUA